CAAAAUGAAUAUAACACCCAUGCUGCGCACAGGGCUGUACUUGACCCAGCGUUCCGUGGUCAGGCAGUAUGCAUUUAAAUCGGAUUUAAAAAUCAAAUGGGUACGACCUGAGAAGAUUCCAUCCAUUCACCCGGAAAAGAGCGGUGAUUGUGCCAAAUUGCCACCGGUAAACCCCAAAGAGUUGAUGUUGGGUUUCGACAAAUCCAAGGAAUUGGAAACAGCUGAUGCCGCUGUAAAAUCUCUUUUUGAGUUGGGUAAUAAUCCCUAUUUCCACACAGCCAAAUACUGUAGUGAACAAUUGAUCAAGGAAGUUCAACGGCAUCCAUUGGAUUAUGGUUCCAUGGAGGCUAAAUUGGCCCGUAUGACCGCCUUCAUACGUAGAUAUCAGCAGUAUAUGGAAGAACAUCCCCGCGAUAAGAAACGCAAAGUUAUGCUCAAGGAAAUGAUUGAGAAACGUAAGAAAUUCCUUAAGUAUUUACGUCGUUGGGAUUAUCGGCGUUUUGAAUGGAUUUUGGAAAAAUUGGAUUUAGUAUAUAAACCACCACCAGCAGAAUUCCAUUGGAUUACCCGCAAGGAGUCAUUGCAAAAGUUAACAGAUAUACAUUGUGAAAAGUUGCGUCAAGAAAAAUUAGCUGAAUAUCGUAAAACUUUGGAAGAGCAACAGAUUCCAUUUUUGGAAGAUGCCAUAAAGAAAAUGCAAUUCAUUCGUCAGGAACAAAUCGAUUUGGAUAUACCGGUGACAAUUAGCGAAGCCGAUAUCGAAGAGAAUAAAAAGAAAUUGCAGGAAUUGAAAGCAUUCAGAGAUGAAACAAAGGCGGCAAGUAAAAGUAAUGAGUACUAA